AUGGAAGUGGCUGAACACUCACAAGGCAAUCCUUCUCCUAUUCCUCCACCGCCGGACGAGGUUGCCGCGGCGGCGGUAGCAAUGUCUUCGCCGUCUCUUCCGUGGACAAGCCUCCUCACCGUUAAAAUUAUCAACACAAUAACAGCUCUUUCCAGCCGCCAAAACGGCACCGUCAACCGCAGGCUUCUCGAUUUGUUCGCUUACACUUACAAGGCCAAGCCCAACCCCAAACCAAUUAACGGCGUCUCCUCCCUUGACGUCACCGUGGACCCCUCCCGCAAACUCUGGUUCCGCCUCUUCCUCCCGGCGGCGGCGGAAUCAUCCUCCCCUCCGCUUCCCGUCAUCGUCUUCUUCCACGGCGGCGGAUUCGCUUACUUGAGCGCCGACAACAAGGCGUACGACGCCGUGGCCAGGCGGUUCGCCCGGCAGCUCCGCGCCGUGGUGGUGUCCGUGAAUUACCGGUUGUCGCCUGAACAUCGUUACCCGGCUCAAUACGACGACGGGUUCGACGUCCUCAAGUUUUUGGACGGCGGCGGGAAGGACGUAUUGCCGGAGAAUGCUGACGUGUCUCGCUGCUUCGUGGCCGGAGAUAGCGCCGGAGCUAAUGUGGCGCACCACGUGGCAAAGCGGGCAUGCAAUUCAGAUGACUUUAAACAACUCCGGGUAGUCGGAUUAGUGUCAAUACAGCCCUUUUUCGGCGGGAACGAACGGACCGAGGCAGAGAUAAAACUAGCCAAGGUUGAUCCUUUGAUUUCGGUGGCCCGGACAGAUUGGCUCUGGAAGGCGUUUCUGCCGUCGGGGGAAGGGGCUGACCGUGACCAUGAGGCGAUCAAUGUUAGUGGUCCCAGGGCGAUAGACUUGUCAAACCUGAAAUUUCCGGCGACAAUGGUGGUGAUUGGUGGUUUUGAUUCACUCAAGGAUUGGCAAAUGAGGUAUUACCAAUGGCUUAAGAAGUGUGGUAAGGAAGUCUACUUGGUGGAGUAUCCUAAUAUGGUUCACGCAUUCUAUAUCUUCCCUCAACUUAAAGAGUCGGGAGAUUUGAUUGCAAAAGUCAUGAACUUUGUUGACAAUCAGUGCUCUAAAGAGGUCAAAUAA